AUGGGGAAGCUCAUCAAGAACCACUGGGCUCGACUAAUAAUCCUCACGGCCGCCGCAUACCAAGUAGCAGCAGCCAUUGAAGGAUUCUUCUGGCCCAAGAUCUUCUGGGACUUCCUAACGAAGAACCUCGACGGAGCAGUGAAGCCAGUGCCCAUCCUCCAAAUCAUCAACCUGCUCUUCGGCAUCUGGAUGUUCGCCUGGGAAUGGCCCCUCCCGCUCUUGGCUGGCACGGCUCUGCAUCGAAGCAUCGAGGCCCGCCUGGUCGUCCUCCCGCUCACGGCUCUGGCCGCCGCGCUGCUGUACCAGGCUACCAACCCAGCCAUCUACUACUUGAUUGGCCUGGGCGUCUAUUUCUGGGCGUACAGUGAAGGAGAGGUUGUGGUUGCUCAGCCAUGGUCUGUGCCUCGUAGACCAAGACUAGCUAAGGUCUAG